AUGGCGAGCCUGAAGACAGAAGUGGCAUGCAGACCGCUGAGAUAUCGGGAGAUCCCAAGGACAGUCGACGUCACGGAGAGGGUAUUUCGCGACACUCCGUUCUUCAACUACGUCUUCUUCCCGUCACCCGACGCCAGAGAUCCCCGCGUCUGCAAACUCGGUGCGAGGUUAGUUACCACUAUCCAGAACGCCAACUAUGUGAGCCAGAAGGAGGCAAUCACUGUCGACGGAGGGGACGGUUUCGUCACAUUUGUUUCCCCCCGCAACGGAUUGUCACCAUGGCGUAAAAUAUUCCAACGCAUGAUGCAGACUCUAGCCUUCGUCUUCAUCUUUUUGAUCACCAAGUUGACCAGCACUGAGGAGCAGCGUCAGCGAAUGAAAGAGACACGUCAGAGGAAUAACGCUUUGAGGGGCAGUGUCAUCGGAGGCCAGCUUGACGACGUCUUCCUGAUAGACAUACUCGCCGUUUCUCCGGACAAGCAGAGCCUGGGGUAUGGCUGCAUGCUGUUGGAAGCGGUCACAAGCCAGUGCACUGUUAUCUGUAGAUGCUUUUACGAGUACUCACCCGAAGGACAAAGGCGGAUGCGCAAUGCCGACGCUCAUACUUGUACACCAGACCUCAGACCAGGCCGUUCUAUGAGAAGUUUGGGUUUGCAGUCGUCGCAGCGUACUCACUAG